CUAUACUUUUUGCACUGUUCACUGCCUUCUGAAAGCACAAAAAGAGAGUCUUCUAAGUCAGAGGAGUGAGUGAGGAUGAGUUCCAAAGCUCAGAAAAUGGAAUUAAAUGAUGGUCACUCCAUUCCUGUACUGGGCUUUGGCACCUAUGUGACUGAAGAGCAUCUCAAGAAAAAGUCUAUGGAAUCUACCAAAAUAGCUAUAGAUGUUGGAUUCCGCCACAUUGAUUGUUCUCACUUCUACCAAAAUGAAGAAGAGGUGGGACAGGCCAUUCGAAGCAAGAUUGAAGAUGGCACUGUGAAAAGGGAAGAUAUAUUUUAUACUUCAAAGCUUUGGUCAACUUCCCAUCGUCCAGAGUUGGUCAGACCCAGCUUGGAAAGUUCACUGAGGAAACUUAAUUUGGACUAUGUUGACCUCUAUCUCAUUCAUUUCCCAGUGUCUCUGAAGCCAGGGGACAAUCUUUUACCUCAAGAUGAGCAUGGAAAUUUAAUACUUGACAAAGUGGAUCUCUGUGCUACAUGGGAGGCCAUGGAGAAGUGUAAGGAUGCAGGAUUAGCCAAGUCCAUUGGGGUGUCAAACUUUAACCGUAGGCUGCUGGAAAUGAUUUUGAACAAACCAGGUCUCAAGUAUAAGCCUGUGUGCAAUCAGGUCGAAUGUCAUCCUUACCUUAACCAGAACAAGCUGCUGGAUUACUGCAAGAUGAACGAUAUUGUUCUGGUUGCCUAUGGUGCUCUGGGAACUCAGAGAUAUAAAAAUUGUACUAAUGAGGAUACCCCAGUUCUCUUGGAAGAUCCAGUUCUUUGUGCCAUGGCAAAGAAGUACAAGCGGACUCCUGCCCUGAUUGCCCUUCGCUACCAGCUGCAGCGUGGAAUUGUGGUCCUGGCCAAGAGCUUCAAUGAGGAGCAUAUCAGGGAGAACAUGCAGGUUUUUGAUUUCCAGUUGGCUUCAGAUCAUAUGAAAAUUCUAGAUGGUUUGGACAGAAAUUUACGGUAUUUUCCUGCUGAUAUACCAAAGGCAAUUCCAUCAUCUCUGUGCCCCAGGUCAGCAGCUCUUACCCCUCUCCAUAUGGAACUGGCUUUAAUAAUAUCAAACCUCUCAUUUUCUCUGCAUUGUAUGUGUGUUCAGGACUUAGACAAACAUUUUCUCAAGAAAGUCUGGAUUCUUGUGGUUCAAGGCUCAUCCCAGCUUUCCAUUCUGUGAUGAGUAUUAACAUGGAGGUCGUUGCCAUGGGUCUAUUAGAAGCUCUUGUGUGUGAUACUGGACUCUGAUAUGCUGAAAGCUGAAUAUAUAACCUUCAAUCAUGUUGCUUAGAAACUCACCCUCAGUUUGAGCUAUGAGUAUAUGUGAGGUAGCAAAAGUACUAAAUUUUAGUUCUUUUCUGCAGAUAAAUAAAAAUAGUUUUCUUCAGCCUCA